UCUAUGAUACCGGAAAUGGAGAGGCAAUUGAGCUUGCGCGCGCUUGAGUGAGGGAAAAGUGGUGUGACGCGUUUCCGGCGCUCGCGGUGCAUUGUGGUCGAGGAGUCGUUGGGAGUUUUGUGCUUCGCGCCUGAGCCGAGCAGAAAGAGCCGCCAUGUCUCACACAAUUUUGCUUGUUCAACCUACCAAAAGACCAGAAGGCAGGACUUACGCUGAUUAUGAAUCUGUGAAUGAGUGCAUGGAAGGAGUCUGUAAAAUGUACGAAGAACAUUUGAAGAGAAUGAAUCCGAACAGCCCUUCAAUCACAUAUGAUAUUAGCCAGUUAUUUGAUUUCAUUGAUGAUUUGGCUGACCUCAGCUGCCUUGUUUAUCGUGCUGAUACUCAGACAUACCAGCCCUACAAUAAAGACUGGAUAAAGGAGAAGAUCUAUGUCCUUCUCCGCAGACAAGCUCAGCAAGCAAGCAAAUAAUGAGCCAGGAUGGCUAAGCGGGUUUUGAGGGAGGGUUUGGACAACAGGUGUGUACAGCAUUCUGUAGUUAAAGUUUUGUAUUGUAGGCCUCCUGUUCAUUCUUGUUGGUCUGUAUCUGGGGCUAUUAGAAAUUCAAAGUUUGUUGUUUGAAUUUUAAACAAAGAAAAACAGGCCUUUUGUGGGUAUUUAGUUUAUUUUUUUCUCUUUGCUUAGACACUUUAUUAUUUUUUUUUGUGCUACAUCCCCAAGAUUAUUCAUAUAUGUUUUACCACAAUCACUGUGUGUACCUCUUUCCUGGAGGGAUUUUCAAUGUUACUACUUGGAGGCAGUAUGUCAUAGCGGAGAAUAAAAUAAAUGCUCUUUAGUUAA